CCUCCGCCGACGACCGCAACAACGACCGACGGAUGCUUGCAGUGAUGCCGAUUGUUUCCUAAAGUGAUCUUAGCCGUGUGCUCUCGGUUCCCAAUCCAGGUCGUGGGCCAGGCGGCCACCAGGAAGAACGAAAUAUGUUUUCGUGAAUGGUUUCUGCCAGCUGCUGGAGCGUGUGUUACUGACGAAACCAUUAACGACAUCAGCAGCCAGUGAGUGAGUGUGUUUUGCGUACGUGCAAAUGUGAACACCACGGCUAGAACUGUAACAUUCCUGCUCCACCCCGUGAACCACUUCUUGCCUGCUGUGUAAAUUUCGUCUCCUUCCUCCUUCACGAAAACCCCCGCUUGUUGUGCACCACGAUAAUCCAAGCAGCAAUCAGGGUUUGUUGUUGCUGCAUGCUCCAUCCACAUCCGCUCCAGAAAACGCUGGCGAGGUGGUUCGUUCCAGACGCGUAGACAGCGCACGACACACACAGAGCGAUAUGGCAGAUGAUGGAAAAAGUGCGCCGGAAGCUGGAUCAGCCGAAGGUGGACCAGCUAGUCCGAGAAAAAGUGCAGCAUCUCCGGCCAGUCCGACGGGCAGCACCACUUCGGGAGGUUCUUCCAGCUGGUGGGGCUCCUGGAUCGAUACUGCCCGUACAAAGUCGGCCUCGGUGUUGGAAGCAGUGAAGAAUGAUCUUACAGAACUUUCGACUGUUGUGAAAUCGGAAGCCUCAAGCGCAUCGGAAGCUCUUGGCCGCACGCUGCAUCUCGGUGAACCCGACUCCACGGUCGGAGCGAUGAAGAAGAGUUUCAGCAGCUUCCUCGGUCAGGUGACGGAAGCUCUGGUCCCUUCGCUCGAGGAAGACGAAGAAACCGAAGCUGUGCUGAUCACGGCCGAUGGCACGGUGACGCUGACCGGCUUUCACAAGCAUUUGGCCGAACUGCAGGCACGGGAGGAGACGUACGUCGAAGAACCGGCCGAUGAACUGCGCGAAAAGUAUAAGCGCUGGAUGGAGGUGGUAGAGCAGGAACAAUUUACAGAGCCACGGUUGAGCAAGCACUUGGCCAGCAGCACGAUACUGAACGAAAAGUACGUGACGCUGGUUCCGAGUCGCGUGGCACACAUGGAGUUUUGGAAGAGAUAUCUAUUUAAGAAGGCCCUGCUAGAAGACGCAGUCGCAAACGCUGAGAUUGCCGAACGAAAGGCAAAGGCGGCCGCUGCCUCAGCGGAAACAGUUGCCCCCAACAAGACGAUUGUGCAGACUGAUCAACCGAGACGGGCGAUCGAAGAGGUAGAAGAAGAAACCACCCCAGAGGAACCAUCCUAUCCAAUCGCGGACGAUCUCGCCUGGGCGGAAGUGCCUGAGUUCGAUGCAACGAACAUUGAGCUUUCAGAGGAGGAGCAGGCCCGCCUGCUGGAAGAGUACGAACAGGAAAUUCGUGAACGUGAAAAGUCCCUUACUGGCAGUGGUGUUGGUAAGCUGGAGCUUGUAGACGAAUCCCUACUGGUACAAUCCGAUAUCGAGGGUACACCACAGCGAACGAAGCCGACCAAAGCACCAACCAGUGGCAGCAACAAGCAGCAAUCCAAAAAGGAUACCAACGCCAAGGAACAGCAGCAGCAGCGAGCUAGUGGCAACCACCAGCAAAAGUCCAACAACCAGCAGCAACAACAAAACAAAACCAGCGCACAGAAGCAACCGGGUAACAAGGCAUCGGCACAGGGGGCUAGCACGGGUAGCGGCAAGACUGUAAAUAAGAAUGCGUUGCCAGCAAACAGCAAGAAAGGAGGUGGCUCACAGCCUGCUCAGCAAUCAUCAGCGACACAAGCCAGUGCGAAGAAGGACGGAGCGCUUAAGAUUGACAAGAACCAUUUCACGAAGGAGGCGGAAGCGUCGUCUUCGAAUUCGGACGAAAGCUGGGAGAAGGAGUUUGAGAUGGAAUGAGGCGAACUGAUCGAUCUGCGCCAGGAAUUGGCCCAGUGCGCCGAUUGGUCGUGAAUUCGUAGCAUUUUCUAUCGUUUAUACUUUAUGGCAAUUCUUCAUUCUUCUCCUCCGAAGACGAGGCGGAAAUCGGGGUGCAAAUCCGUGCCGGGCGUGUUUGUAUCGAGCGCUAGGUGUGGUUCAGAUUGUGACAAUGUUUUUCUUUUCGUCUUAUCUCUCCAUAACUGCCGGCGUGCAUGAGUGCAAUGUUAUGUGUGGGCGUAGCAGGCGAGGAUACCGUAAACCGUACGGUAAUAGUCCAUUGCCCCUUAAUCGAUCUAGAUGCAUAUUAACUUGGCUUAAGUUUUUUUCUAUGUUUGUAUGCGAGAGCAAAAAUGCGUGUGUAUGUUUGGAGAACGAGCAAUUAAGGUUGAGGAGAAUGCUUAUGCUAGCAAACUACUAUUACGUACGUAAAUCUGUUCAAUUGUUUUACCCUUACAGUCUUCCGCUCGCUUCCCGGCAGCGUUCAUAUGCGUCGCGCUGUAAAGUGAAGCGGAGUAGUACUAAGGAGGGGCAACAGGCCCCGCAAAAUCCCCUGUAUCACAGUGGGAAGACUUAUUCGCGAGGCGAAAGUAGCGUGACCAACCUCUCACGUGGUGAGGUUGGCAGCACUUAGCACCUGCUAGAGAAAUCGUUUGUUUCCUUUAUCUCUUGUACGUUAGCUGAUUUUAUUUGAUCGUAACACCUCCUCUGCUCAAUCAUCGGGCGGUACCAGAGGGCCAAUACAGAGGGGAGCGUGAUUGUGAAAUGCCGCGUUAACGGUUGAGGUCGCUACCAUGCUCCUUUCGUGAUGUCAAUAGUUUGACGAAUAAAGUGAAUCGUAUUUUAUUUACCAACUGA